AUGGACUCGUACAGUCUUAAGAAGGAUAACAGAAAGAAAUUUCAAGAUAAACAAAAAUUGAAGCAUAAACAUGCAACACCGAGUGAUCGAAAAUAUUAUGGUUUAAAGAAAGAUGAAGAGACUCGAGAAAAGGAAAAAUUGGUAGCAGAAGAGAAAGAGAGAAAACUAGGUAACAAUCUUACUCGAUAUGAUGAAGAUGCUGAUAUUAAUGAACAAUUAGAUACGUAUGAUUCUACUUCAGAUCGUCAAAAAUUACAAACAAUAUUACAAGAAAGAGCCGAAAUUGCCGCUAAUGGUGAGGAUGAUAUUACUAAGUUGAUGUCAAAUAAAGGAAUAGAUGAGUAUACUUCUAAAGAUAUACAUAGUAUGGAUGUUGAUGAAUUGAAUCGUAUACUUGGUAGAGGUGAUAACGUAGGUUCAACUGUGACUACGGAUAAACUAAGGCAAACAGUAACAAAUGAAAAAGAACCUGUUAAACCAUUAAUUUCACAUAAUAAUACCCCUGCAGAAAAUAAAAAAGUUGAGACAUUUGUUCCUUCAAAUUUACAGGAAGAUCAAGAUUUCUUAGAUGACAUCUUAUAA